AUGAAGUCUGCAAUUCCAAUCCUCGCACUUGCCUCCUUCUUUGCCACACAGGCUACUGCCCACACAACUCUCCAGUACUUCUGGACUGACUCCUCGACCUCCACAACCGAGUGUGUGCGUGCUCCUCCCAACAACAACCCAGUCCAGGAUGUCACAUCCGCCGAUAUGGCCUGCAACGUGAACGGAAAUGUUCCAGCAGCGUCUGUCUGCGAGGUUACAGCCGGCAGCACAGUGAUUCACGAGUGGCACCACACAAACCGUGAGCAAGGUGCUACUGACGCCGAUGAUCCGAUUGCCUCCAGCACCGUCACCGACGUGACCUCGCUCGACUGGUUCAAGAUCGCCGAAGACGGCCUCUCCGGUGGUGUCUGGGCUGUCGACACCUUCUACGCAGACAAGACUGGAAAAUGGUCUGUCAAGAUCCCAACAAACAUCCCAGAUGGUGACUACCUCCUCCGUGGAGAGAUCAUCGCUCUGCACUCGGCAAGCUCGUACCCUGGUGCUCAGCUCUACAUGGGAUGCGUGCAACUCCGCGUUACCGGUGGAAGCGGUGGAACUCCAAGUCCCACUGCCAAGUUCCCGGGUGCCUAUGCAUCAACUGAUCCUGGUAUCACUUGCAACAUCUACUCUGGACUCACUACUUAUGAGAUUCCCGGACCGGCCGUUAUGUCGAGCUCAAGCUCCAAGAAGUCGAAGAAAUGGAUUGCCUAA